AUGAUUAAUAAUCUUGGGACCCGUCUAUUCAAAUCGGUCACCGACAAGGCUGGUGAUCUUGGCGACAAGUUUGAGGAGGAAUUCUCGCGGCUUUCACACAAUAUCACAGCUGAAGUCGACGCGAUUGUCACUGAGGCAAUUUCACUCUCUGGUUACAUUAAGGUUGCACUUGUUAUUUUAUGCAUUUUACUAGUACUAGCCAUUAUUCGACUAAGCGCCUUCGGUUUUCGUUGUUUGGCAUUCAAAGCAAGAGACUGGAUAAAGGCUAACGAAAGCAAACCACCGCCUCAGGUGAUUCUUCUGAUGCCGACAGAAGAUGGCCAGUACAAGCGCACUUCUACCAUGUACGCUGAUCCACAAACAAAAAAUGUUAUCGAUCGAAUCCAGCGAGAAUCAUUCGAGCUGUUCAAUGACUAUGAACCAUCAGUGCCGAGAAUGAAACCACCGAAACUCAGUUCCAUGCGAAACAAACAUUAG